AUGGCUGCUUCUCGAUCAAUCAUUGGAGAAUCGUCAUCGAUCCUACGAUCUUGUCUAAGGCAGGCAGGAGGAAAGCCGUCUAGACAAUUCUCACGAUCCCUAGCGACAGAGGCAUCGGAACCUUCCACCGAAUCUACCCCGAGCCAACGAACUGGUUCAAGAAGCAAUAGCACUGUCGGUACUUACUUUCUCCUUUCAAGACUACCUACUGUUCUGCCAUCACUUACGCCAUUCGAAUCAUCUGUAUAUGCUUACAAUGCAAAGUUAGAACGAGCAAUUUCUCAAUCCUUUCCACGCGAUCUUUACUUCAAGAAAGGUAGUGCUGCUGAAACGCAAUUUUUGGAGGAUGAAAAGGAAAGGCAAGCAUUCAUGAAGGGCGAAUUGAAGAUAACUGACGAUGCUACUCUAUCGCCGAGUGUUCCUCUUACGAGUGCACAAAAUCAAACAUCAACCUCGCGAAAAACACAAGCAGAUGAGACCAAUGAUGUUCGUAGCUUACAGAGAAGUUUGGAAAGCACUCUGUUCCUGGUCGUCAAAGGAGGAAAAGCGGGUGAACAAUGGACUUUGCCUCACUCUGUGUUAAAGACAGAAGGUUCAGAAUCCCUUCAUGCAGCAGCCCAUUCAUCCGUUACCGACUUAUUGGGUGAGGAUAUGGAUAUUUGGAUGGUGACAAAUUAUCCAGUUGGAAUCGUUGAAAAGCAUCUCAAUGCACAAGGAAAAGGAUAUGUUAUGCGUGGACAUGUCUUAGCAGGGAAUGCAGCACCAACGACUAAAGGAGUGGACUAUGCAUGGCUAACGAAGGAUGAGCUUCAAGGUCGAUUGCACGAAUCGGUCUGGAAAGAUGUCGAGGGUCUUCUCAGUGCUUAA